AUGUCAGCCGAAGUAUCGUUUCACUCUAGAAGGCGUCGGCGAACUUAUUCGGAAGAAGAGUCACCACUUGCAGGAUGGAAGCUUGGAGUUGUUAUCGGAGUAAUAAUCAUGUGUUUUGCAAUGCUUUAUCCAAGUAUGCUUCAUCCACUGGUAUCUUCAUUUUUCCGGGCUCCACCGGUACGGAAAACAGUCACAAAUCGACCACCGAUCCAUCCUGCAAUGAGUUCGCCACGAUCUCGUCCUGACUUUCAUCCAGGCAUGCGAAUGGCGGCAAAUCAACCAGAUAUAACCACGCCAUCUUCCUCAUCCAAAGGCAUGUUUGCAUGGAUGCUUCCAAUUUAUACAGUUGGCGUCGUCGCAUUCCUUAUUUAUACCUUAGUUAAGUCGAAAAAAAAACGGCGAAUUAGGCGGCAUGAUUAUUCAUCGACGGAAAGUGAAUCAGACGAAGAUUACAGUCGAAAUGAUGGACGCACUGGCGGCAUUGGUAAACGAAAACUGAAGGGGCUUCAGGAACGUUUAAGGCAAACUGAAAUGGCAAUGGAAAAGAUUUUAGAACAGCUGAACACAAUUUCUGCUGAGGCAACUAGUGCAACGAGACAAAAUUUGACAGAGGAAACAGGAAAUGAGAAAUCAUUGAAGCAGUGUCUUGACAAACAAGAUGGGAAAACAGAGCAAUAUUUGCGGGAUCUGGAAGAUGCAUUACUCGAUUUCAAGGAGCUGUCCAAAAAAUACAGAGAAAAAGGAGAGGAUGAUGAGAGUAGCACCAGUGACGCCGAUCCAUACACUGAUGAAGGUAUACACGGAGACGAAACUGCCACUGAUACAAGUGAGCAGUGCAAAAAUCUGGAAGAACCUAACUCUUCCGAUGAACAUCUAAGAAAGCGUAGAAAAACCUAA